AUGGAUUUGGCGUGCCGGAACGCCACGGAGGAGCCGACCGAAGCUAACCUCGUGCGGUUGCUGGAUCUGUGGUCGGUGGACUGGAAGCACCGGGGUCGCACUCGGGCGGUGGGGCCGGGGGCCUAUGAGCGAUAUGCCACGCUGGGGCUUUUCGGGCACGGCGGCGUGGUCGGGGUCUCCAAUGCCACGGGCCUGCGGGCAGCCUGUGCAGCCGUGAACAGCUUUCUCAAGAUCGGCUUUCCGAACGGGCACGCGAAUCACGCGCUGGCUCUGGGCGAGUACACAGGAGGGCGGGUGUGGAUCGAAGAUGACGAGGGGGACUCCACGGCCUGGCUGGCCGACAAGAAAAGGGGGCGAGAGCUGCCGGGUAGAUGGCUCGACAUGCACGACAAGCCGGUGAGCUUCGACGCUCGCCGGUAUCACAUGGUGGAGCCGCACGAGGGCAGCAUGUGGGCUCUCGCUGCUUACGUUCCGCAAGCCUAUGCUCGGGCAACCGAGCAGCACCGAGAGGCACUGAGAGAAGCAGGCUUUCCGCUGCCGAGCUAA